ACAGCAAAGAUGAUGAAUUUGUCGAGUUUGGUGCAGAGCCUGCGGCGGUCCCUGCUGCGGAUCGAGAGCAGGCUGCAGCAGGCGGCGGGUUGGGACGCUCAGCUCGCUCUGGCCCUGGCAGCGCCCGGGCCCGGCCUCCUGCCCCGGCAUGACGCUCACCUUCCCCCGCAGGAGGAGCAGCAGGGCCCGCAGCAGCCCCCCGGCCUCCUGGACAGCAUCCUGUGGAUGGCGGCGCCCAAGAAAAGACGCACCAUCGAGGUGAACCGCACCAGGAGGAGAGCUGACAGCAAACUCUUAAAAGUCAAGGACAACAUUGAGCCCUGUCCAGAGUGUGGCCACUUGAAGCAGAAGCACGUCCUGUGUGGCUUCUGCUAUGAGAAGGUGUGCAGGGAAACCGCUCAGAUUCGCAGGCAGAUCAGCGAAAUGGAGGGUGGCCCCCUGAGGGCCCCUGCAUCGGAGACCGUCGUCCUGUAUGAGGGCGAGACGCCAAGCGAACAGGACAAAGGCAAGAGGAUAGUGGAGCGGGCCAGGAAGCGGCCUGCCUGGUUCAGCUAAUGUUAAGUUGCUAUUUUCAUCGUGACCCAGAUCUGGUCAGAUACACAUUCAGAAAAGCUGUCAAGUAUUUGGGUUACCCUGGGAGUGCUCGUUUUAUCUUGAGCUUAAGCUGAAUCCAUCGCUCCUCAGUAUUUAACUUCACAUCUUGCCCAGUGGGUCGCUCAGCAAGUGUAAAAGGAGAAUGUGUCACUUUUGUCUCUACAGAUAAAGUGUAUGAAGAGGCCUGCUAGGUGAUAUUAAAUCAGUAGUGAUACUACUGAUUAAUCUUGGCACAUCAGAUAUAAAUACAACAAAGGAUGGCAAUUGAUUGUUGCAAGUGAGGUCAUCUUCUCUUGUAUCUGUUGAUAUGUUAAAUUAAAUACUGCACCAUAUCAUGCUCUGUACAGGGGAAAUAUAGACAGAUUAUGGAUCACAUCAUGACACUUUGACAUAUUGACUGACAGAUGGUUCUUUGUUGGCUCAUGUUACCUGAUGUCAUGACUUUCAUUGUAUGAACUGCUCUUUAUCUGACUUUUGAAGCCAAGGUUGGCAGAUUUUUUUGUGCAUUAGUCACUGUUUGACAAUAAAUACAUUUUUUUUGGAAGAAAGUAAGUUAACCUUUGUCCGUCUUAAAUAAAUGGGGGUUUCUUUUUGAUUGGCAAGACUAAUCAUCUGUCUUUCUCUGUGCUGGGGAACAGGUACUUUUGCAUAACUUUAACAAUAAAGUAAAAUUUAUGUUGCUACGUCAGUCCAGUCAUACAGAAAGUCACAUAAUUUUUUCUGUGUGUGCAAGGACAACAAUUAGAGUGCAAAUCACCCUCAGUGGCU